CUUAAUAAAUAAACAGAAGAGAGAGAGAGAGAGAGGGAGAAAGAGAGUAAACCGAAAUGAAAAUCAUGUGAUCGACGAAUGUUCCGAUUUGUCUUUACAUUUAGCUAGUUUUUUUUAAAUGAUUGUGUGUUUUUUUUUUUUUUCUUCUGCAUCAUCAUUCUCACGAUUCCUGAACAGAACAAAAAAAAAAAAAAAAGAAUUUAAUAAUGACGAUGACAAUGAUGCGCAGCCUCUAUUCUUCGAAACAGCAAUUAUUAUUCAAAAAACCGGUGAAUUCUAUUGGAAAAUUUUUUUCUACCAUUAACGAAGCUAAAUUUCAAAUUAAACCAUUUAAAUUACAUCGAUUAGAACAAGGUCCAGCUACAGAAGUUUUAUGUACACGUGAAGAUGCCUUAAAAUUCUAUGAACAAAUGUCCACGAUUCGAAGGCUAGAAGCAGCAUCGAAUACGUUGUAUAAAGAGAAAGCAAUACGUGGAUUCUGUCAUCUAUAUACGGGACAAGAAGCGGUUGCUGUCGGCAUGGAAAAUGCCAUAACAAAAAAAGAUGCCGUCAUCACUGCAUAUCGUGCACAUGGUUGGGUAUGGACACGUGGUGUUGAUGCCGUUGGAGUUUUAGCUGAACUUACAGGUCGUAGUACAGGUUGUGCACGUGGUAAAGGUGGUUCUAUGCAUCUUUAUACGGAUAGAUUUUAUGGUGGAAAUGGAAUUGUUGGUGCCCAGAUUCCAUUAGGUGCCGGUGUAGCAUUAGCACAAAAAUAUACAAAUUCAGGUGAAAUAACAUUAGCAUUAUGUGGUGAUGGUGCCGCAAAUCAAGGACAAGUAUUUGAAGCAUAUAAUAUGGCUUCAUUAUGGAAAUUACCGAUAAUAUUUAUAACGGAAAAUAAUGGCUUUGGUAUGGGCACAUCAUCAGAACGUGCAGCUGCUUGUUCCGAUUAUUAUACACGUGGUGAUUACGUACCCGGUAUCUUUGUGGAUGGUAUGGAUAUAUUAGCCGUACGGGAAGCAACCAAAUAUUUAGCACAAUUAUGUCGUGAUGGUCAUGGACCAUUCUGUAUGGAAGCAAUGACAUAUCGUUAUUUUGGUCAUUCAGUUUCUGAUCCUGGUACUAGUUAUCGUACACGUGAAGAAAUCCAAGAAGUACGACAAAAACGUGAUCCAAUCACAUCGUUUAAAGAACGUAUUAUACAAUCAGAAUUGGUUACAAGUGAUGAAUUGAAACAAAUUGAUCAGGAUAUACGUGCAAGAAUGGAUCAAGCAAUGCAAACAGCAAAAACGGAUCCAGAAUUAAAUUCUGAAGAAUUAUAUCAUGAUAUUUAUGUCAGAUGUUUACAUCCAAAUAUACGUGGACCAACACCAUUCGCAAUUAAUGAACAUAAAAAUCAUUGGAAACCAAUGAAUAUUAAUUAAAUUUUUUUUCA